AUGCAUCAAGAGGGAAUAGCUCAUAGGGAUUUAAAGCCUGAGGUAUAAUCCUUACCACCAAGCGCAUCGCUUGAAAAUAUCCAAUCACAGGGUACUGGCGAAUGCAUAGAACAUUUUUGUAGUUUCCAUGUCUCCGGUCUGGGUCAAACUGGGAGAUUUCGGGAUAUCGAAGUGGAUCCCUGCUGAAGCUACCACCACCUUCCACACCCAGGUGUCAACGCCAGUUUACAGCGCUCCCGAAGUACUGGGGUUGGAUUCCCAUAGCGAAGCCUCGGACUACACGAAUUCUGUUGACAUUUGGUCGCUCGGAUGUGUGAUAUAUGAGUUACUUGUGGGGGAAAGGUUAUUC